AUGAUCUCGUCGUUAACCUAUAUCGGAGGCGCAGACAAGGCUGGACCAAGCCAAUAUGGAGAAGAUGAAAAUAAGGAGGAAGAUGGCAUCAGAGUCAUCACACUCUCUGGAUCGAACCUAGGAGUUAGCCACCAUGAAGAAUUGAAGACCAAGCUUGACAACAACAAUAAUCAUGGAGGAGACAAGAAUGAGCUUGAUGAUUUCCUUAGCACCUAUGUUAAUAGCAACUUUCAAGCUAUGAACAACUCCAUAAUGAUUCUGGAGGUUUUUGGUUCUAAUAACUUGUUGGAAUUGUAA